GGGGGGAAAUGGAUUCAUUGAACUGAAUAGACAUUAAAUCAAUCCAAAAUAUUCCAUCCUUAGUUAAGGAAUUUUUUGUACACUCUUUCCAUUUUCAGUAGCAAUUGGAUGUUUCCACUGAGAUCUAUCAACCUUAUCGGAAACAAUUUCUCUGCGGUUUAUUACGCUUGAGUGAAUAUGAUUAACCAAACAACCCUCUCUGGCGGUGGCGGUGGCGGUGGCGGUGGCGGUGGCUGCCCCGACGGCGCUGCAACUGCAAGCGGUGACAUCAUGGAUCAAAGGAGUGUUAAGGAAGAGGAGAUGGAAGUAAGCACGGAGACGAUGGGGGGCGGUGGAGGCGAAUCUGAUUGCGGCGGCGGAGGCGAUGGGGGUUGGGCGUCAUCGGCGACGGCGAAACCAAUGGAAGGGUUGCAUGAGGUGGGGCCGGCGCCGUUCCUGAAGAAGACGUAUGAGAUGGUGGAGGAUCCGGAAACCGACCCGGUUGUAUCUUGGAGCGAAGGCGGUAAUAGCUUCAUUGUUUGGGAUUCUCAUAAACUCUCCAUCACUCUUCUCCCCAAAUACUUCAAGCACUCCAAUUUCUCCAGCUUCAUCCGCCAGCUCAACACUUAUGUCAGUAUAAACCAAUUUAAUUUAUUUUUUCUUAUUUAUUUUUAACAUCUCAAUCCUAAA